CCCUAGCGUCUCUCAUUCCUCUUCACUAUCUCUUCUUCACUCGCUUGCUUGCUCUUUCGAAUUAUCAGAAUCAUGGCAUCCAAGCCCGAUCCUGAUGUGAUUUAUGUCUGCGGAGAUUGUGGAGAAGAGAACAAUUUGAAGCGUGGAGAUGUGUUCAAAUGCAGAGAGUGUGGCUUCCGUAUUCUCUUCAAGAAGCGUGUCCCUCAUACUAAAACCAAACGUUUCAUAGCAGCAAACUAAAUGUUAAUCCCUAAUCCUUUGAUUGGUGCUGUAAUCCUUGAUUGGCUAUAUCUCCUCUAAAGUUGUUUAUGUUCAGUUGUCACUUAAACAAGGCAAAACAUCUCUCUCUCUCUUUUGAUGCCUUUGUUGUGUACUCUGCCCCAAACUGGUCAGCUUCUAAGGUAAAAAAGGUUGUGUCUAUAGUAUGAAUAUAGAUCAUAGAGUGAGAGGAGGAAUCAACAAAAGGUUACUUGCAAAA